AAACUUGAGACAAGCAAUUCAUCAAAGAAUUCAAAAUGUGCAAAUCUUCUAUCCUUUUAUUAUUAUUAUUGGGCCUGGCUUUUGUGCAGGCAGUUCCACUUGCCCUCUACGAUGACAUUGAUGACACGGAAGCCAUUGAAUUGCCGGAGAAUGGACUUGAGGAGCCGUUGGAACACAAUAAGGACAUUAUUGACUUGAGUUCCUAUGGCGCCGCUUUGUUUGGUCAACCAGAUCAGGAAUUGACCGCCAGUUUGGUGAGCAACUUUAGCGCCGAGACGGAUGCAGUCAAUCCUGAGGAGCUGGGCAGCUAUCUGGAGGGAGACAUACUCGUGCCACAGUCUGAGCUGACUAUGAAGAACGGCCUGACCACACAGAGUUCCCGCUGGCCCAAGGGAGUUGUACCCUAUGAAAUAAGAGGCAACUUUAAUGCUCAAGAUCGGGCUACGAUUCAGGGAGCCAUAGAGCAGUAUCACAGGCGCACCUGCAUCCGAUUUGUUCCCUAUGCCGGCGAACGGGAUUACAUAUCCAUUGUGAGCGGCAACUCGGGCUGUUGGUCGUCAGUUGGACGCGUGGGCGGCAAGCAGGAAGUUAAUCUGCAAUCUCCUGGCUGCCUCAGUCGUCCUGGCACCGCCAUCCAUGAGCUGAUGCAUGCUCUGGGAUUCCUGCACGAACAGAAUCGCAUGGAACGCGAUGCCUUUGUGGCCAUUCAAUACAGAAACAUUCAAUCCGCGGCCAAGAACAACUUUGACAAGGCAGCCAGCACGGAAGCCUUUGGAGUUCCCUACGAUUAUGGCAGUGUCAUGCACUACUCGGCAAAUGCCUUCUCCACCAAUGGACAGCCCACAAUUGUGGCAAUGCAAGCAAAUGGCGCCUCUCAAAUGGGUCAACGCAAUGGCUUCUCCGACUUUGAUGUGGACAAACUGAAUCGCAUGUAUGACUGCGGCUAUGUCAACGGUUCCCCAGGCGCUGUUGGUCCCGUGGGAGUUCCUGCGCCUGGCAUGCCUGCUCCUGGAAUGCCAGCUCCAGCUCCAGCUCCUGUCAGACCCGGCGGAAAUCCCAUUGUGGACAGUUUUCUGAGCGGACUCAUCAACGGCUUAGGACUUGGUGAUGCAGAGUCAGCUGGAGAGGAAUAAAACGCCUAGUGAAACUAGCAACUAGCAUGGAAUUGCCCAAAGAAUCUAUUUAUUCAUAUGAUCACCAUACACAAUAUCGACCAACUAUUUAAAGCAUUACCAAAUCACAUCUCUAAAUAAUCUAGGAUUAACAUGAUUUUUCAAUUGAUCAAAUUAUUUAAGCAAUAAAGAAAGUAUUCA